AUGUCGUCAGCUGCGUUGGUCGUCUUUCUGUUUGGUCUUCUUGGGAUGGCAUUUUUCUUGGUAGGACUGUGCUUUGCCCUGCUCCAGAUUAUGUUUCCAACUUCCCUGGACUUUGCAUUCAUCGCAAUUGGAUUGGGGCUGAUCUUAUUGGCUAUGCUUUUCUGGUUGAAUCUGAUCCCCACAUGGUUCAGAUUUUGGUCCAAGAGACGGAAAUUUCAUAUCAGAAAAGGACAACUGGCUUUAAUUGGGGUAUUGGAUGUAACAAAAAUGGAGAAAGGCGAAAAAGACAAACAAAUUCAUCAAGAUGCUACGGAAACUUUAAUGAAAAGCAUCAGAGGAAUCCCUUAUCUGAUUCAAGCAAUACAGUACUCUUUGGAGACAAAUCUGAUGACUGAAAUGGGUCAAUCUGUUAUUGGGACAUCUGUUAUUCACACAGCUCCAGGUAAAGCAAUCACAAAUAACCGGAUCUUUAGGGUGCACAAGUGUCCUUGAUUGUUGCGGAGAGGCAGAUCGAAUGGUUCAUGCAAGUUCAAUGUCCUCAAGAAUCUCCGGGCCUGAUGAACAAUGGCAGAACACAGAUGCCAGUAAAUGGACAAAUCAACAGUUAAAACUGUCGCUGAAUCAAAGAGAAUCCUCUCUUACAGUAAGAUAUACGAAAUGUAUUAACAUUGUCCACAGGUAUUCCCAUACAGCGAAUCGCAGCCUUUGCCCGAUUCGACUGAAGAGUCUGGGGAGCUCCACGUUUAUUCGGAUGAUCAAGGUUUCCACGGGUCAGCCCAGUCUUCCCUCUCGAGGUAAAUCUCUAUUUGUUUUGAUUAAAAUGUUCCUAGAGUCACAGUUUCCUACAAUUCUGCAAAUCAACACGAGAUUCGUUGUAUCGGCAUGACCAGUGCCUUCCUUAGCAAGUUCAACAAUAGCUUCAAAACAUGA